AUGUCCAAAUCACUCGAGGCCCGAACUUCUUCGUCGGGAGGCGACUGGCCCAGACAAACGGUCGAGACUCUCGACAGUGGCAAUGGAGCCAUCAUCACACCCGACGAGCUGUUCCUGGCCGAGUUGGGUCACGUUCAACACAUGACUAGGAAGUUUGGAUUUUGGUCGAUGCUAUCUCUCGCCUUUAGCAUCGCCGGAACAUGGGUUGCCCUUUCUGCGGAUCUUGGAGCAGGUCUCAACAGCGGAGGAACUGUAUCACUCAUCUGGGGUGUCGUCCUCGCCGGUCUGUGCAUGUACUGCAUCGCCGCGUCUCUGGGCGAAUUACUCUCCUGUUACCCUACGAGUUUGGGACAGGCAUUUUUCGUUCUCAAGCUCGCCCCCGAACAACGCGGCAUGCGCACCGUGUCUUACAUUACCGGGUGGAUCAACGUGGCCGGGUGGUGGACGCUGAUCGCUUCGUGCGCCACCUUCACCACGUCCUUCUUCGUGGCCAUCAUCCAGAUCUUUCAGCCCGACUACUCGCCCAAGCCGUGGCAGAACUUUGUCAUCUUCGAGGCUACCAUCUGGAUCUACGCCGUGGUCAACAUCACCCUGACUCGCUACGACCGUUUCCUUCCCGUCUUCAACACCACCAUGAUGAUCACCAACGUUUUGCUUUUCGUCGGCAUGCUCGUGUCCACGUUGGCGUGUACGGCCAAGUACGGGACCUUUCAGUCCGGCAAGUUCAUCUUUGCCACUUUUGUGAAUGAAUCCGGAUGGCCAGACGGGUUCGCUUUCUUGCAAGGAUUGUUGAGUGCCACUUAUGGAUUCACCGCGUUGGACUCUGUUAUCCACAUGAUUGAAGAACUUCCCAAACCGAGUACAAACGGUCCCAGGACAAUGGUCCUGGCCGUCUGGGCCGGGUUAGUCACUGGUUUCAUCUUCCUGGUCGUCAUGUUCGCCUGUACAAAAUCCAUGGGUGGCCUGGUCAACACGACAUAUGUCAUCCCCAUCGUUCAGAUCCUGUACGAUUCCACCGGCCAGGGAGGCGCCGCCACCCUCAUGAUUCUUUUGGAACUCAACACCAUCGUGAGCGCCUUGUCCAUCUCCACCGCCGCCAGUCGAUUGACUUACGGUUUCGCCCGUGACCAUGGUCUACCCUGGAGCAACUAUUUCGCCCACACCUCGACCUAUUGGAAGAUGCCUGUUCGUGCGACAAUAGGGCAGACCUUUAUUGUCACUAUUAUAGGUGUUUUUUACUUUUGUUCAAGCAACGUCUUGACCGCCGUCAUCUCCCUCUCCAGCGUCACCUUGGUUCUGGCCUGCGCCGUCCCCGUGGCCGUCUUACUGUUCGUGGGCCGAGACCGAAUGCCCGCGAAUCGGCCUUACAAUCUGGGCCGCUUCAGAGGUUACGUUUACAACAUUGUCGGCGUGGCUUUUGCCUCUUUGAUUUCUGUUGUCUUCUUCUUCCCUUCUUCCCCAAACCCUUCGUCGUCGAACAUGAAUUGGGCGAUUGCGGCCUUUGGCGCUUUGACUCUUCUCGCCGUCUUCAGUUGGUUCAUGGGUGCGAAUCGUCGGUAUAGCGUGAUCCCUACGACUGAGGAUUUGUAA